GCUCAGCGCCGACACAAUGGCUCGGAUGCCGACAGCGGCUGUCAUGAAUUGGUACUGUUAGUUCGUCCUUUUUGGGCGACGCCGCCAGCCGCCAGCCUGCAGCGGCGGAUGGCAGACGAGUGCCCAUGGAGCGGCAUGGACGACGGCGAGGACGCACCCGCGGGCUUCGCGGAGUGGGCGGCCUCGUCCCGGGCGCCCGCGCCCGCCGCGGCAGGCCGCGAGGCCAGCCCGCAGCUUGGAGCGGCGCCCCUCCCCGGCGCCGACCUGUGGAGCAACUGGCGCCCUGGCGGCGCGGCGGUUACCAGCAACUGGGAACGCGGCGGCUUCGGCAGUGGCGGCAGCCCAGCUGGCGGCUGGACCCAGGCCAAGAGCGCAAGCUCCUGGAGCUCCUGGGGCAGCUGGGACCGCGGCAGAGGAAGACAGACCGGCUCCUGGGGGUCUGGCAGCGGCGGCCGCUGGGACGAGGGCGAGACGGCGCAGCACACGGAGGCUUGGCGCAACUACAGCGCGGGCCAGCGCGAGGAGGGCGCGCGGCCCUCGCACGAAGCUGGCGGCUCUCGAGGCCACGAGCCGGACAGCGAUCCCUUAGAGUGCCUGCAGGGCGAGUGGGUCGACGCCGUCCACGCGUCGAGGUGCUAGCGGACUCCGUUCGAGGGAAUUUCUGCAUCGUGCGCCGCCCGGAGCCACCGACGUACGCCCGCUUCAGUUUGGUCGUGAGGGACGGCAAGGUGUGGUGGGGCUCGUUGUGCAAGUUCGUCUUAGAAUGGCAGGGUGAUGUGGCAGCAUGGCUCGCGCUUCCUGGCAACAGGGUCAGUUUCCGCUGGCUCCGGGGCAAGGGCUACCACGCGUCUCCACGCCCAGCGGAUCAAUGGAGAAAGGCUGUGAUGGCAAGCUCUUGGCGAAGUUGGGACGAGGCCCCCGCAUACUGGGCGGCGCCGAGGGCCCCUGGCCAGACCUACAGCGCCUUCUCCUUGGAGGAGGAGGUGGCUGAGGAGGACACCGACGAAAUCGACAAGACAGUGGACCCAUUCGAGCUCCCUGACAAAGUGUGGCACUCGCCGCCAGACGACGAGGCGAAUGUCAACACCAGCUUGAGCACCAGCUGGAUCAUCUGGGACGAGCCAGCGACGGCAUCGGCAUCGAGUCCUGGCACGCACGCGUCAGAGGCAGAGCUGGAAACUGCAGCGCGCGCUAUUUGGGGACAACUUCAGAGCGCGAGUGUGUCCUUGGCGAGACCUGCUCUCCAUGGCCAGGAGCCCCGCGCCCUGCAGCCCCAGGGCGCCCCGCACGACUUUGGCCUGGUUGUCAAGAGCUUCGACCCCACCGAGUAUGGCCAAGACUACAUGCGCCUGAACGAGGGGGACAUCGUCAGAUUUAUCAGAGAGGAUGACGGUUGGUAUCUGGGCGAGCGUGUGGACAAGGAAACCUUGUCGAUCAAGUUGGCAGAAGGCUGGUUUCCGCCAGCCUUUACGCACUUCGACUAGUGCACACGGUGCUGCUGAGGAGCGACGGGACAGCCGUGGCUUGCGGGAGGAAUACCGCGUCAGCUAUGUCGCCGGGCAGCAUUGACUUCCUGGCGAUCAACGAAGGCCUGACUUACGCGCAAGUCGUUGCGGGUUGCAAGCACAACGUGCUGCUGCAUCGUGGCGCGGCAAGAAAGGAUGGUAAGUCCAAUGAGUCAGUCAUCACUGUCUAGCCCC